GCCACCCCACCUUCCCCCACCGAGCACGCCUCCUCCUCGCAUCGGAAGGCGGGGAGAGAGAGAGGGAGAGGUCGCUGGUCGUCGGCGACAGACCGCCGCGAUGGCCGCCGCGCCGUGGAGGCGGCGGCCGGACCACCACCGCGGGCGCGGGGCGGCCCUCCUCGUCGUCGUUGUCCUCCUCCUCUCGCUGGCCGCGGGGGUGCCGCGGGGCGCGGCGGCGGCGGGGUUGGGAGGGCUGAUGAUGAGCGUGCCGAUCAGCCCCGGGGACGUGCUCCCGAUCCUGCCGCGGCAGGUGUCGUGGCCCGUGAUGAACACGCUCCACAGCGCCGUCGACCUGCUGCCCUCCUUCGUCGCCGCCGUGGCGCCCGGGGCGGCCCCCUCCGCCGCGGCAUGGAGCGGCUCCUGCUUCGCCGAGAACGAGGCCGCGCUCGAGCUCACCGGCGGGGAUCGCAACGGGACCGAGCUGGGCGGCGGCGUGCUCCGCCUCAAGACUGCGUCAGCUCAGAGUUGGACAUGCAUGGAUCUCUAUGUGUUUGCAACACCAUAUAGGAUAACAUGGGAUUACUAUUUUGCGGCUCGGGAACACACAUUGGAAAUUAAAUCAUGGGAAGAAGAAGCAGAACUGGAAUAUGUGAAGCAACAUGGCAUCUCUGUUUUUCUCAUGCCAUCAGGGAUGCUUGGAACUUUGUUAUCACUGAUUGAUGUCCUACCUUUGUUUUCAAAUACUCGUUGGGGUCAGCAUUCUAACUUGGCCUUUUUGGAGAAGCAUAUGGGAGCUUCAUUUGAGAAACGUUCCCAGCCUUGGGUUACUAAUAUUAGGAAGGAGGAGAUACAUUCUGGUGAUUUUUUGGCUCUUUCAAAGAUACGAGGACGCUGGGGUGCAUUUGAGACACUAGAGAAAUGGGUGACUGGUGCAUUUGCCGGGCACACUGCAGUUUGCUUGAAAGAUGAGAAGGGUGAAGUCUGGGUUGCAGAAUCAGGCUUUGAAAAUGAAAAGGGGGAAGAAAUUAUUGCUAUAGUUCCUUGGGAUGAAUGGUGGGCAAUGGCACUGAAGGACGAAUCAAAUCCUCAGAUAGCCCUUCUACCACUACACCCUGAUGUAAGGGCCAGAUUCAAUGAAAGCGCAGCAUGGGACUAUGCCCGAAGCAUGGUUGGAAAGCCUUAUGGCUAUCAUAACAUGAUAUUUAGCUGGAUUGAUACAAUUGGAGACAAUUAUCCUCCUCCUCUUGAUGCAAACCUGGUGAUGGCUGUUAUGUCAAUGUGGACCAGGUUACAACCUCUUUAUGCUGCAAACAUGUGGAAUGAAGCCCUUAACAAACGACUUGGGACUGAGGGUUUGGACCUUCACGGCAUCAUUGUUGAGACUGAAAGACGUGGCAUGUCCUUUGAUCAGUUGCUCACCAUCCCUGAGCAAGAUGAAUGGGUUUACAGUGAUGGUAAAUCUACCACAUGUGUUGCCUUUAUUCUUGCAAUGUACAAGGAGGCUGGAAUAUUUGCACCUUUUGCAGAGUCAAUUCAGGUGACCGAGUUCACUAUACGUGACGCUUAUAUGCUCAAGAUUUUCGAAGACAACCAGGCCAGACUCCCAAGCUGGUGCAAUACAGAAGCUGACAAGCUCCCCUUCUGCCAGAUCCUGGGGGAGUACAGGAUGGAGCUGCCAGAGUACAACACGAUAGAGCCUUAUGCCAAAAUGAACGAGAACUGCCCGUCUUUACCACCAACAUACAAGAGACCAGCCCGUUGCUGACAGUGCGCUCCCACACUGGAAGUAGGAUGUUGUUUGAAAUUAUCAUGUAAGUAAAUAUAAUGUAUAUAGAUGUUUGAUAGAUUGCAGUUUUCACACGGUAAGCAAGGUGUUGUCCCCUCAAUCUGCUUCUGCUUGUUACAGAGCUGUUCUGGGCUUAGGCAUCCAAUAUGAAGGAGAUGCCUGGCUAAGAAAUUGCUCGCAGCACAGAACUUUGAAACGAUAUCUUCUGAAAAAUUAGCUGCUGAUAAGUUUUCGGCUUGAGGAACCAAACCGAUCCUAGAAUAAUUCCAGUGGAAUACAUGCAUAAAUGCACUUAUCAAUUUCCUGCUGGUCA